CCCCCUCGUGUCCCUUUUUGCUGUUUGCGAUGUACUGGCCGCCCUGAUGACGAGUCGGUGCUUUUAUAGCGCCACUCCUUUCCCGACUCGCUUCACCGGCCACUUAAACACCUGCCGCUCCUCUUUGAGUUUACCAUCAGUAAACGCGUCUGCUGUCACCACGUCAGUCCCUGUUGUCCCAGCUGGAGUGACAAUCGAUCGCCGUUCGGGGCUGCGGAUCUUCUGACUGCGUCAUCUCAAGUUCGUCGCGAUGAGCGGCCCCAGCCCGUCGUUUCUCCAGAGGGUCUGCACCGUCGUAGUCUUCAUCUUCGCCCUUCAUUUAGUGGUGGUCUUACUCUACUACUUCAACACCUUCCAGGCUAUGAAGACCUUCAUACAAGCCCAGCAGCAGCAGAUGGCGGGUGACAAGCGGGUCAUGGUGACCUGGGAGCGAACAGCAAUUAACACCAGCGGACCGGACACGAACUCGAGGACAUCGCCGUCCCCAGAGAUAAAGACCCGAUCUGACGACCUGCCGCCGUGCCCGGACACCCCGCCACAUCUGGUGGGCGCCCAGCCGGUGGAGUUUUCUCACCACAUCGACUUGAAUGAAGUGAAGAGACAAAAUCCUGAGGUUCGAGAUGGGGGACGCUAUAUGCCCAAGGAGUGUAAGGCUCUCCAGAAGGUGGCGCUGAUCAUCCCAUUCCGAAAGCGGGAUGAGCACCUCAAGUACUGGCUCUACUACCUGCACCCCAACCUCCAGCGGCAGCAGCUCGACUACGGGGUCUACGUGAUCGAACAGAGUGGCGAGGAGACCUUCAACCGUGCCAAGCUCAUGAACAUCGGGUACGCUGAGGCCCUCAAGGAGUACGACUACGACUGCUUUAUCUUCAGCGAUGUGGACCUCAUUCCGAUGGACGAUCGAAACAUCUACAAGUGCUACAGCCAGCCCAGGCAUCUCUCCGUGUCCGUCGAUAAGUUUGGAUUUAGGUUGCCAUACGCGCAGUGCUUUGGAGGCGUCUCGUCAUUAAGUAAGGCGCAAUUCAAAAAGAUCAACGGCUUCCCCAACAACUAUUGGGGCUGGGGUGGCGAGGACGACGACCUCUACAACAGGAUUACUUUUAGUGGCAUGAGCCUGUCCCGGCCUGACGGGGUCAUCGGAAGAUACCGAAUGAUCAUCCACGAGAGGGACAAGAAGAACGACCCCAACCCAGAGAGGUUUGACCGAAUCGCUCGCACCCGAUUCUCGAUGAACUCUGAUGGCCUCAACUCCCUGACGUACAAAGUGAUUGAAGUUCAAAAGCAGCCGCUGUACACUAAAGUCAUCGUGGACGUGGGAAGUCCCUCCCACUAAUGACGAAGACGUGAGGCUGAGGGGCCAUUUGAGGGUAUCACACGAUGGAUCCCGAAGUGCCUUUGUGCCCACCUCCUGGGGGUUCUUGAAUUUCUGGACGGACUCUUCAUUACUAUGCCUUUGACAGAUGGACAGACUUGGUCUGUGGUCACUCUGGUGGGCUACUGUGCUCAGAAGACCUUGAGAUAGAAGCAGCCACCCAAGUCGAUGAGGCAGAAGUCAAGAAGUGCCCACCACAGGCCAUCUGCACUAAUUUCAGUUUGAGGAGCUCCUCGCCCAAGCAGCCUAUCCCAUUGGUGACCUGGGCUUGUCCCUCUAGGCAUGAUGAUGGAGACCACCACCUGUCGUCAUCACUUUUAGGAGGCAGACCCUAACUCUCCAGCAAUAGCCAACUGACCCUCAGCCGUUGAUUGGACCAAGCUGGUCUGUGGCUGAGGAUUCGUCCUGAUGGCACGUGUCACCACCUGAGGCAUGCUGUGUCACCGAGCCGCUGCUCCAGGACAUGGGAGGUGACACCAGGGAGACCAAAGAUGAACGGAUUUAAUCUUCUAAUUAGAUUGGCCAACAUGUGCUCAUGGGAUAUCCAGGAUGGGGUGGGCAGCCAUUUGGCCGAGGUCCCCUGGACUGUGACUGCGACUGCGCCCCCCUCAAUCUGCACUUAUUGGCACUUUUUACUUUCCUGUCCUCCAUUGCUGGCUGGCUGCGUCUCUGUUACAUUUUGUGUUUUUAUUUUUAUGUGUUAGUCAAUCCAGAUUUGCUCUGAUUUGUGUGUGGUGUGCAGGUUUUGUUAUUUAUUAUGGCAGGUGCUCUGAGCCCACCCUCAGUGAAAGGCGCUAUAUAACAAUCCAAUAAAAUGAAUAGACCUGG